CGACUUGCAUAAUAAAAGAGAGGGACUGUGAGUGAAGCGGGCAGAAGGAAGACCGACACCGUUAAAGAGGACGAGACAGACAGCCAACAGCCUCAAGCAUGAUGAAGAUGAUGUUGAUGAUGAUGAAGAAGCCCAUCGUUCUGGUGGCCUGUGUCGUGCUCGUCUCGUCUCUCGCUGUUCUGGCAUCAGACAGCAGUUCGGCUCCAACUGAAUGCUGUUUUGAGUUUUUCCCCCGCAGGCUGCGUACGAACAACGUGGUGAGCUACCACUACACAGAUGACCGUUGUGCAAAGAAGGCCGUGCUUUUCACAAUGAGGAGAGCUACUGCCGCAGUCUGUGCCGACCCGUCGGUGCCUUGGGUCAAGAACAUCAUCGAGGCCAAAGAAUGGACCCAUAUUAAGAAAGGGAACAGCUCUGCGUCCGCAGAAACCGAGUGACUGACUCACCGCAUGUGAAACUCACCGAGGCUCUGAACGUUCAACCUGCAAUUUAUCUUCUCAGCUUUUGCAGUUUUUAUACAGAAUAAUUUUGAAAGUUUAAACAAUAAUAAUAACUCCUAGAAUGUCUUCUUUUGUCUGUUCUCAAGUGAUGUACUGAAGGAUCGGAUAAAAGAUAUUUUAGAGUUUGGCAUGUGUGCAAAAUGUUUUCUGAUAUGUUAUUAAAAAAAAAUCAUGAUGAAAUGUAUUUUCUCUUUGCUCUGAUCUGUCAUGUGUAAGCCAAACUUCGAUAAAGAAAAAAAUAAUGACAAAAACAGAACAAAACAAGUGAACAUUCACCAAUUCUACAAAUUAAAUUGUGUUUUCCGGCCUUGAGGAGUCCUAACGUGUUAGUGAAAAAGUAACAUGAAGUCUUUCGUGGCUCCGGAGGAAACUGCGUGUAAUCCGAUAAAUUGCCACCAGUGAUGUCACUCAGUGGCUGAGUUGCAUUGUGGGUAAUGUAGGCUCCAGGUUUUAAAAAGGAAGACGAAUGGAUGGAAUAAAAAAAAAAAAAAGUGAUAUCGGCGGUUCUGCUGCACUGAUUUUGAUGGUUUGCUUAUUCAAACUGUCCAUAAUGAUUCAUAGGAAAGUCCCGUGCUGGACUUCCUCGCCUACAUUACCCACAAUGCAGCAUAGCCAAGAGGGAAGUUAAAAUGAGCGACUUGGAUGAAUUUUGAGCAGAUUAUUUCCAGUGAAUGUUGCAUUAAUGCUGAGUUUUCCUGAUGUUUUAUGAACUUUCAUUAUGCAAUUCACUGUCUGUAUUGUGUGUGUGUGUAUUUUUUAAAAAGAAUUAUGUAAAGUUAAAAGGCUUCUUUCCUAAAGAUCACAGUGUUUUCCUCCCCCUGACACCUGGCCAGUGGUCAACCCCCCCAUCGACCUUUGGCGACCCCUAGAGGCUCCAGAGGUUGUGAUUCUUUGCUCUGGAUAAGUUUUGGUUCAA